AUGGAGAGCCGGACCAGUGCUGAGGCUGCCGAUUCCCAUGGGAUGGGAGUGGUGCGUGGACUGAGCUGGGUCUCUCCACAGGUGCCGGGUCAGGAGAUGUUGCGCUUCUGGUGUCUCGCCCUUGCCGUGGGCCUCCUGCCCUCCUCCCAGGGCCUCCUCAACCUGGGCAAUGUCCUUGGGCUGAGGCCAGGGCAACCCAAAGAUGGUCUGCUUGGAACUGGUCUUCUUGGCAGUGAAGGUCUCAUCAACAAAAAAAAUGGAUUGCUCGGCACGGGUCUUCUUGGUGAAGGUGGGCUGUUUGGUACCGGCCUCCUUAGCACGGGAAGUCCGAGUGGAAAAGAAAGUGGAGGUUCCACUGGUGCAGGAAAAGAAUCCAGCAGCUCUGGGGUCCUCGGGACAGGCCUCCUAGGAGGACAAUCUGGCAGCAGCGGUCUGCUCGGCACAGGCAUCCUUGGUGGAGAUGGUGUCCUUGGCACAGGCAUCCUUGGUGGAGAAAGCCUUGGCAAUGGUCUCCUCGGCAAUGGCCUCCUCGGCAAUACAAGCCUUCUUGGACAGAAAGGUUUGCUUGGCACAGGGCUGCUUGGAAAAGGAGGUCUCCUGGGCAAUGGAAGUCUCCUUGGUCUCGAUGGUCUGCUGGGUACAGGAGGACUGCUGGGCAAUGGAGACCCUGGCACGUCAACCCACUUCUCCUGGCUGAAGGUGCUGAACCUCGAGAACGUCCGAGUGUCGUGCAAGGUUGUUCACGGUAGCGAGUUCGUGCUGAACCUGUACUCGAAGCUGGUGCUCCGCUUGCCAGGGAUUUUUCAGUUUCUGAGCGGGUCCUCAGUGGAAACAAACAUCACAUCCCACAUCAUGCUGACCCAGGACACCCCCGGGGACCUCAAGCUGGUGUCUAAGGAUUGCAACAACCUGCUUGUGGGCUUCAACUUCAACCUGCGGAAGGGCUUUCUCACUAGCAUUGUGAGCCGUUUGCUGAACAAUUCUCUCCGGUCUCUCAUACCCGCACUGCUCUGCCCAUUGGUGAACAUCUGGGUCAGUAUCAUCAACAUUAAGCUUCAAUUCCUCAACCGUGUCGUCUCCUUCGGGCUCCUGGGGAAAAUCCACUCUGCCCUCUCCAGUUUGCCGGUGUCGUCCGGGCACUACAUGGAGCUGGAUCUGCAGAACUACCCAUUCCCAAGCGCCUUCAUCGACUGGCUCCUGCAGAGUAAGUCCAGGCACAAUGGGGAUCCCCACCGUGAGCCAGACAGGGGCAGCCGUGGCUCUGGGGAUGCUCACGGCGAUGCAGCCCUCAUGCGGCUUGUGGUGGGGAGGGGGUCCCCGUGGCCCUGGGGUGCUGCCGAAGCUUUCGGGUGCUGA